AUGCCCGGGAUUGUGGUGUUCCGGCGGCGCUGGUCUGUGGGCAGUGACGACCUUGUCCUGCCGGCCAUCUUCCUCUUCCUCCUGCACACCACCUGGUUUGUGAUCCUGUCUGUGGUGCUCUUCGGCCUGGUCUACAACCCAAACGAGGCCUGCUCCCUCAACCUGGUGGACCACGGCCGCGGCUACCUGGGCAUCCUGCUGAGCUGCAUGAUCGCCGAGAUGGCCAUCAUCUGGCUGAGCAUGCGCGGGGGCAUCCUCUACACGGAGCCCCGCGAAUCCAUGCAGUACGUGCUCUACGUGCGCCUGGCCAUCCUGGUGAUCGAGUUCAUCUAUGCCAUCGUGGGCAUCGUCUGGCUCACUCAGUACUAUACCUCCUGCAACGACCUCACUGCCAAGAAUGUCACCCUCGGGAUGGUCGUCUGCAACUGGGUGGUCAUCCUCAGUGUCUGCAUCACUGUCCUCUGCGUCUUCGACCCCACGGGCCGCACUUUUGUCAAGCUGAGAGCCACCAAGAGGCGGCAGCGCAACCUCCGGACCUACAACCUCCGGCAUCGCUUGGAGGAGGGUCAGGCCACCAGCUGGUCGCGCCGGCUCAAGGUGUUCCUGUGCUGCACUCGGACAAAGGACUCCCAGUCAGACGCCUACUCAGAAAUUGCCUACCUCUUUGCCGAGUUUUUCCGAGACCUCGACAUCGUGCCGUCCGACAUCAUUGCUGGCCUGGUGCUGCUCCGGCAGCGGCAGCGGGCCAAGCGCAACGCCGUGCUGGACGAGGCAAACAAUGACAUUUUGACCUUCCUGUCUGGGAUGCCAGUGACCAGAAACACCAAGUAUCUUGACCUCAAGAACUCGCAAGAGAUGCUCCGCUACAGAGAGGUCUGUUACUACAUGCUCUUCGCCCUGGCCGCCUACGGGUGGCCCAUGUACCUGAUGCGGAAGCCGGCCUGCGGCCUCUGCCGCCUGGCGCGGUCCUGCUCGUGCUGCCUGUGCCCCGCGCGGCCCCGCUUCGCCCCAGGAGUCACCAUCGAGGAGGACAACUGCUGCGGCUGCAACGCUAUCGCCAUCCGGCGCCACUUCCUGGACGAGAACAUGACCGCGGUGGACAUCGUGUACACCUCCUGCCACGACGCGGUCUAUGAGACCCCCUUCUAUGUGGCAGUGGACCACGACAAGAAGAAGGUGGUGAUCAGUAUCCGGGGAACCCUUUCCCCCAAGGAUGCCCUGACAGACCUGACCGGUGACGCCGAGCGCCUCCCCGUGGAGGGGCACCACGGCACCUGGCUGGGGCACAAGGGAAUGGUCCUCUCGGCUGAGUACAUCAAGAAGAAGCUGGAGCAGGAGAUGGUCCUGUCCCAGGCCUUUGGGCGAGACCUGGGCCGAGGAACAAAACACUACGGCCUGAUUGUGGUGGGCCACUCCCUGGGUGCCGGCACCGCCGCCAUUCUCUCCUUCCUGCUGCGCCCCCAGUACCCUACCCUCAAGUGCUUUGCCUACUCCCCACCAGGAGGCCUGCUGAGUGAGGACGCCAUGGAGUACUCCAAGGAAUUUGUGACGGCCGUGGUUCUGGGCAAAGAUCUUGUCCCCAGGAUCGGCCUCUCCCAGCUGGAAGGCUUCCGCAGACAGCUCCUAGACGUCCUACAGCGAAGCACCAAGCCCAAAUGGCGAAUUAUCGUGGGGGCCACCAAAUGUAUCCCCAAGUCGGAGCUGCCUGAGGAGGUCGAGGUGGCCACCCUUGCCAGCACACGGCUCUGGACCCACCCCAGCGACCUGACCAUCGCCCUGUCUGCCAGCACCCCUCUCUACCCACCCGGCCGCAUCAUCCAUGUGGUCCACAACCACCCAGCAGAGCAGUGCUGCUGCUGUGAGCAGGAGGAGCCCACGUACUUUGCCAUCUGGGGCGACAACAAGGCCUUCAACGAAGUGAUCAUCUCGCCGGCCAUGCUGCAUGAGCACCUCCCCUAUGUGGUCAUGGAGGGGCUCAACAAGGUGCUGGAGAACUACAACAAGGGCAAGACGGCCCUGCUCUCUGCUGCUAAGGUCAUGGUGAGCCCCACUGAGGUGGACCUGACUCCCGAGCUCAUCUUCCAACAGCAGCCGCUGCCAACGGGGCCACCCAUGCCCACUGGCCUCGCCCUGGAGCUGCCCGCCGCGGACCACCGGAAUAGCGUCAGGAGCAAGUCCCAGUCUGAGAUGAGCCUGGAGGGCUUUUCAGAGGGGCGGCUGCUGACGCCCGCGGCGGCGGCAGUGGCAGCGGCCCGCCAGGACCCCGUGGAGCUGCUGCUGCUUUCCACCCAGGAGCGGUUGGCGGCCGAGCUGCAGGCCCGGCGGGCGCCCCUGGCCACCAUGGAGAGCCUGUCCGACACCGAGUCCCUCUACAGCUUCGACUCCCGCCGCUCGUCGGGCUUCCGCAGCAUCCGGGGCUCACCCAGCCUCCACGCCGUGCUGGAGCGGGACGAGGGCCACCUCUUCUACAUCGACCCCGCCAUCCCCGAGGAGAACCCGUCCCUGAGCUCGCGCACCGAGCUGCUGGGGGCCGACAGCCUGUCCAAGCACUCCCAGGACACGCAGCCCCUGGAGGCGGCCCUGGGCAGUGGGGGCAUCACCCCCGAGCGGCCCCCCAGUGCGGCGGCCACCGAGGACGAGGAGGAGGGCGGCGGUGGCGGAGGCGGGGUGGCCCCCGGGGGAGAGCUGGCCCUGCACAACGGGCGCCUGGGGGACUCGCCCAGCCCUCAGGUGCUGGAGUUCGCGGAGUUCAUCGACAGCCUCUUCAACCUCGACAGUAAGAGCAGCUCCUUCCAGGACCUCUACUGCAUGGUGGUGCCCGAGAGCCCCACCAGCGACUAUGCCGAGGGCCCCAAGUCCCCCAGCCAGCAAGAGAUCCUGCUCCGCGCCCAGUUUGAGCCCAACCUGGUGCCCAAGCCCCCGAGGCGCUUCGCCGGCUCAGCGGACCCCUCCUCGGGCAUCUCGCUCUCGCCCUCCUUCCCGCUCAGCUCCUCGGGCGAGCUCAUGGACCUGACACCCACGGGUCUCAGCAGCCAGGAGUGCCUGGCAGUGGACAAGAUCCGGACUUCUACCCCCACCGGCCACGGGGCCAGCCCCGCCAAGCAGGACGACCUGGUCAUCUCGGCGCGCUAG